GCUUUGCAUACGCAUCAAGCUAGCUGCAGGUAUGAGUAUGCUCAGGCUUCAGAAGCGCUUGGCGUCCAGCGUCAUGGGCUGUGGCAAGAAGAAGGUUUGGUUGGAUCCCAACGAGACUAAUGAGAUUGCCAAUGCCAACUCGCGCCAGCAAAUCCGCAAGCUGGUGAAGGAUGGCCUGAUCAUCAGGAAGCCUGUGACGGUGCAUUCCCGUGCCCGCUGCCGCAAGAACACUCUGGCACGCCGCAAAGGACGUCACAUGGGCUACGGUAAGCGGAAGGGUACCGCCAACGCCCGUAUGCCUGAGAAGCUGAUCUGGAUGCGACGCAUGCGCAUCCUGCGCCGUCUCCUCCGCCGUUAUCGGGAGUCCAAAAAGAUUGACAAGCACAUGUAUCACAGUUUGUACCUAAAGGCCAAGGGUAACGUGUUCAAAAACAAGCGCAUCCUGAUGGAGCACAUUCACAAACUGAAGGCAGACAAGGCUCGCAAGAAGCUCUUGGCCGACCAGGCCGAGGCUCGCCGCACAAAGACGAGGGAAGCUCGCAAACGCAGAGAAGAGCGUCUCCAGGCUCGAAAAGAGGAGUUCAUCAAGAAUUUGGCCAAAGAGGAUGAAGCCGGCAAAUAAGCGACCACAUCCCACUCAGCUUUUUGUUAUGAAUAAAUUUGGGUUCACGUUA